UCGACAGUACGUGCUUUAUCCCGUCAAUCCCCCAAUCAUUCUCAAGAGUGUACGCCAAAGAAUGUACGUCGGGUUGGUAAUUCAUGAACCAACUACGGUAAUUUAACGGCGCUUGUGCUUCUGGAGACAGUUGUCUUACGCAUCUGAAAUAAAGUACAACCUCAGGUGAGGUCAAAUGGUGUGGGAAAGCAAAACACAUCGCUGACAGGUGAGCGCCUGAACGGAAAUAUCUGCCUGCCCUACUCGGAGGGAAGAGAUGGAUGUGAACAAGACGGUGCUAUGCGAGAGCCUGAUCGUAUGGCUGCAAACCUUUAACACCUCAGCGCCAUGCAAGACCUUGGAGGACCUGACCACUGGAGCAGCCAUGUCUCAGGCUCUGCAUCAAAUAGAGCCCACAUGGUUCAACGAGGGCUGGCUGAGCCGCAUCAAGGAGGACGUCGGGGAGAACUGGAGGCUGAAGAUGAACAACUUGAAAAAGAUCCUUCAGAUGAUGGUUGAUUACUAUAAUGAGAUCCUGUCCCAACAGAUCUCGGACUUCCCGCUCCCUGAUCUGGUCCGGGUGGCCGAGCACUCCGACCCGGAGGAAUUGGGCCGCCUUCUGCAGCUCAUCCUGGGAUGUGCUGUAAAAUGUGACCGCAAACAGGAGUACAUCCAAGUCAUCAUGACCCUGGAGGAGUCUGUGCAGCAUGUGGUGAUGACGGCCAUUCAGGAGCUCAUGAGCAGAGAGAGCAUGACCCACUUCGGAGCGGAGCCCCUGGGGGACACGGAGCAACAGCUGAAGAAGGCCAUGGAGGACCUUGCAGAGGUGAUGGCUGAGAAGGAGGAGCUUGCGCAGCGCUGUCAGGAGCUGGACGUUCAGGUUACGAUGCUGCAGGACGAGAGGAACAGCCUGCUAGCGGAGAACGACGUCCUGACGGACCGCGCCAGUCAGCUGGACACGUUUGAUGACCCCAGCACGCCGUCGGGCAAGAAGCACAGCCAGCUGUCGCUCCAGCUGGAGCAGAUGCAGGAGGAGAACUUCAGACUAGAGGCUGCUAAAGAUGACUACCGCAUCCACUGUGAGGACCUGGAGAAGCAGCUGAUAGAAAUCCAGCACCGCAACGAUAACCUGACCAGCUUGGCUGAGGAGGCUCGUACUCUCCGAGACGAACUGGACAUUCUCAGGAGCUGCUCUGACAGGGCAGUGAAGCUGGAGGCAUCUGUGGAGACCUAUCGUAAGAAGAUGGAGGACCUGAGUGACCUGCGGCGGCAGAUGAAGAUCCUGGAGGAGAAGAACAUGACCUACAUGCAGAACACAGUCAGCCUGGAGGAGGAGCUGAAGAAGGCCAACGCCGCCCGUGCCCAGCUGGAGACCUACAAGAGACAGGUCCAAGAGCUGCACAAGAAGGUGUCUGAGGAGUCUCGCCGGGCAGACAACCUGGCCUUUGAGAUGAAGAAGCUGGAGGAGAAGCAUGAGACCGUGCUGAAGGAGAAAGAGAGGAUCAUAAUCGAGCGCGACUCUUUGAAGGAGACCAAUGAGGAGCUUCGAUGCACACAGGCCCAGCAAGACCAGUUCCUACAAGCAGAAAUGUUCCAGUCUGACAGUCCAAGCCAUGACAACCUUGCAGCUGAGCUGCUGCCUAUUGAGUACAGGGAGAAGUUCAUCCGGCUGCAGCACGAGAACAAGAUGCUGCGCCUGGAGCAGGAAGGCUCAGAGAACGAGCGCAUCGUGGAGCUGCAGCAGCAGCUGGAGGUGGCGCACCGCGAGCGCAGCGAGCGCGAGACUGACACCAGGUUAAACAGGGAGAGGAUGAGUGAGCUCCAGCAGCAGGUGGAGGAUCUCCAGAAAUCCCUGCAGGGCCAGGAGACCAAGCCUGAGGACUCUCACCUCAAGAGGAAGCUGGAUGCCCACAUGGUGCAGCUGAAUCAGGCCCAGGAUGAGAUCAUGAAGAAGAAAGAGCUUCUGGAGGACCUUCAGCCAGACACCACUCAGAAUGCUCUGAAACUAGAGGAGCUGAGUGCUGCCCUUAAGAAGAAGGAUGAGGACAUGAAGGCCAUGGAGGAGAGAUAUAAGAUGUACCUGGAGAAGGCUCGCAACGUGAUCCGCGCUCUGGACCCAAAGAUGAACCCAGCCUCAGCGGAGAUCCAGUCUCUGAAAACCCAGCUCUCCGAGAAGGAGAAGAGGAUCGCCUCUCUGGAGAGGGAGUGUGAGCAAGCCAAACUGAAGGAGUACGAAGAGAAGUUGAUUGUUACGGCGUGGUACAAUAAGAGCCUAAACUUGCAGAAGAUGGCGAUCGAGUCCCGCCUGAGUGGUCGCUCCAACUCUCUGAUCCCCCCCGGCCAGUCCUUCCUGGCCCAGCAACGGCAGGUGACCAACGCCCGGCGGCCAGUCUCGGUCAACGUGCCUGCCUCCUCCUCCAAGUGAAGGAAUCUUCCAGCCCUUUUUUUUUUUUCUGCUCUUCUUCCUCCCUCUGUUUCCCUCUCUCUCUCUGUCUCUCUGUCUCUCUGUCCACACUCCCUCUAAUGUGCACUUAAGUGACCUUAAGGAAACUGGUGGUUACCCCACUGCAGGCACUGAGGUCAACCCCCCCCUCACACUGGAAAACAGCCCAGACACACACACACACACACACACACACACUCACCCUCUCAUAUACACACACACAC